CUUUAUAUCUAUGGAGACUUCUAAAAAUCACUGCUUUUCCAUCGUCUUCCUUAUCGUUUGUUCUGCAGUAUUGUCCCUAGCACAUCCACAAGUUCAAAGCCAUAAAUUUGUCAUUCAAGAAACACCGGUGAAGAGGCUGUGCAGGACUCAGAACAGCAUCACUGUGAAUGGCAUGUUGCCUGGACCUACUCUGGAGGUUAGGAAUGGUGACACCCUCGAAGUCCUAGUUGUCAACAAAGCCCGAUACAAUGCCACCAUUCACUGGCAUGGUAUUCGGCAAAUGAGGACCGGAUGGGCCGACGGACCGGAAUUCGUAACUCAGUGUCCGAUCAGACCAGGAGGGAGUUACACCUACAGGUUCACUAUUCAAGGACAAGAAGGAACGUUGUGGUGGCAUGCUCAUAGCUCAUGGCUUAGGGCCACUGUUUAUGGAGCUCUCAUAAUCCUUCCCGCACAAGGCCAACCUUACCCUUUCCCUAAGCCUAUGAGGGAAACCGCAAUCGUGCUCGGUGAAUGGUGGAAUGCGGACCCCAUCGAUGUUGUGAGGGAAGCAACGAGGACGGGGGCGACUCCGAAUGUCUCGGAUGCGUAUACCAUCAAUGGUCAACCUGGUGAUCUCUACAAUUGCUCCUCCCAAGAUACUACGAUAGUUCCUAUCGACAUCGGCGAAACAAACCUCCUCAGAGUGAUCAAUGCCGCCCUGAACCAACCCCUUUUCUUCACCGUUGCCAACCAUAAACUCACGGUUGUCGGUGCUGAUGCCUCCUACACUAAGCCCUUCACCACUUCGGUCAUCAUGUUAGGCCCCGGCCAAACCACCGAUGUUCUGAUCAAAGGUGACCAGCUACCAGCUCGAUACUAUAUGGCUGCUCGAGCAUACCACAGCGCACAAAACGCAGCCUUUGACAACACUACCACCACUGCCAUUCUUGAAUACAAAUCAGCACCUUGCCCUGCCAAAAAAGGCAUCAAUGCACCCAAACCAAUCAUGCCUUCUCUACCUGCCUACAAUGACACCAACACCGUCACAACGUUCAGUCAAAGUUUUCGGAGUCUCCGAAAAGCCGAAGUCCCGACCGAUAUCGACGAGAAUCUCUUCUUCACAGUUGGUCUCGGACUCAACAGCUGCCCACCAAAUUUCCCUUCGAGUCGUUGUCAAGGACCUAAUGGUACUCGUUUCACUGCCAGCAUGAACAAUGUCUCAUUCGUGUUCCCACAAACGUUCUCUCUGUUGCAAGCAUACCAACAAGGCAUUCCAGGAGUAUUCACCACAGAUUUCCCCGGAACCCCACCGUUGCAAUUUGAUUACACCGGAAACGUAAGCCAAUCGCUAUACCAACCGGUUCCAGGAACCAAGCUCUACAAACUUAAGUAUGGGUCAAGUGUACAAAUUGUGUUACAAGACACAAGCAUCGUCACACCCGAGAACCACCCCAUUCAUCUCCACGGAUAUGAUUUCUACAUCAUCGCGGAAGGCUUCGGAAACUUUGAUCCCAAAACCGAUACUUCGAAAUUCAAUCUCGUCGAUCCACCACUCCGGAACACUGCUGCAGUGCCGGUGAAUGGAUGGGCAGUCAUUAGAUUCGUUGCUGAUAAUCCAGGUGUGUGGAUAAUGCACUGUCACUUGGAUGUUCAUAUCACAUGGGGCUUAGCCAUGGCUUUCCUUGUGGAGAACGGAGUCGGCGAACUACAGACACUCCAAGCACCGCCGCCGGAUUUGCCUAUAUGCUAGAGGAUUCAUCACCAGAGAAACAUAACAAUAAUCGAAACUCUGAGUCCAAUAAUUUACUUGUAAUCAUUUAUUUUCAUUGUCAUUUUCUUAGCAGAACAAAAAUCAUUGUUAUUUUUCUAGAGAAUGGGAACUAGUUCUAGUCAUCAUA